AUGCCCUCAAAGCCGAAGGCGAAGCCCGCCGCCGCUACUAGGCGCGCGUCGUCCUCUUUCGCGAGGUAUGGGAACGCAGCGGCCGCCGCAGCAGUUGUCGCCGCAGCGGUCAUGGCGUCCCUUUACGGCUCCACGCUGCCGCCUCCGCCUACGAAUGUGUCUGAUUCCGCUGGCCGAGUGCCUGAGAGCUCAGAGCCGCCAGUCAUCCGAGCGGAAGGUGCUGCGUCGGCGGAACAGGCGUCGGGAGGCGACGAGCACCCGGCCUGUGGCGAGUGGGCGGCCAGCGGUGAGUGCGAGCGGAACCCGGCUUACAUGGGGAAAGCGCAGCGCGUGCCGGUCGACUGGUCUCUGCCGGAGCUGCCGCCGGACCUGGCGACGGCGCAGCGGGAGAGCGACGAGGCGCCGCCGAGGGCCGCGGGAGGCGCGCGACCGCGCUGCGUCGACGAGCGGCCGGACUGCGCCUCGCUCGCGCGCGCCAACCUGAGCGCUUGCGGCGAGGCGGCGUUCAUGCUGCAGCGGCUGCUCGCGAUGGCGCGCGACGAGGAGGAGGGCGACCAAUUGGCCGAGGACGGGUGCACCAGGGACCCGACCAUCGACGCAGUCACAAAGCGCAUGACUCGGACAGCUCCCGCAUGGAUCGCCGGCGUGCCCGAGGAAAAUGCGGAGUACUUUCAGAUCCUCAAGUACGAGCCGGGCCAGUUCUACCGUACGCACCACGACCAGCAGUCGGCGCACUGGACGCCGCAGGGCGUGCGCGUCUACACCUUCUUCGUCUACCUCUCGGACGCGGGCGGCGGGACCCGCUUCACCGACCUCGGCAUCACGGUGACGCCGAAGCUCGGCCGGGCGGUGCUGUGGCCAUCGGUGCUCGACUCGGACUUGCUCACGGGCGAGCGCGAGCCAAAGACGCACCACGAGGCGGUGACGGUCGAGGCGGGCGUCAAGUACGCCGCCAACUUGUGGAUCCACCUCUACGAUUUCAAGAGCCCGAGCCGCGCGGGCGAGUGCCCCUUCCUCGGCCAAAACACGCACAACGGGCGCUGA